AUGUCGUCCACCGACAUGUCGUCCCUCCGCAAGGCCCAACCGUACGUGGUCUUCGAGCUCGUCUUCGACCUUCUCCUUGAGCAGGCCAAGCAGGAGACCGAGUCGAUUCCCUUCUCGAUCGUCUACAUCCCCAACGAUUCCCUUGUCAUGAGAUGUGAACCGGUCGACUACGCCAAGCUCGGCAACCGCUUCCACCUCGUCGGUAACCUCUGCCAGAUCGAUCGCCGAUCUCGCGUUAAAUUCAAGCUCGUCUUCCACCCUUUUGAGAUGGCGUUCAGCCGGAUGAAAUACGAGGUCGGCUUCUGGCGUAUCGUCUGGAUCUGCCCCACCGUGGACCACUUCCUCCUCUACACCGGCGAGUACACGAUGAGCCUCCCGCCCAUUGUUGCCCACCUCGAUGUACCUCACCCCAUGCAGUGUGCCGUCACUCACUCCAUCCAGCGCGUUGGCCUCUUCGUCACUAAGCUCUUCGACGACUACAUCUACCGCAGCCAAUUCGAGGUCAUCCUCGAGCUGCCGAGCCUUAAGGAAGUCGUCAUCUCAAUCAUCCCCAAGAGAGCGCGCCACGAUCACGCCGCAGACCUCACCAUCGACGCGAUGCUGUUUCCCGAAUUGGCCGCCUGGGAGCAGAAGUACCACGAGACGAUGAAGCCCGUCUGGGCCAAGCUCAAGCAGAAGGGCAUCAAGGUCUUGGGCUGCGAGCCCGGAGCCGAAAAGGGGGACAUUCUCGAGCUCAUUCACACCGAAAAUGGCAGCGUCCGCAUGAGAUUCAUGGAUCCGGUCUGCAACUGCUACAAUGUUGCGUACCGUCUGUUAAUGCUUGUGAAAGAGGCUGCCAAUGGCGGUGCGCACUACAUAGGUAAACAACAGCACUGA